AUGUGGCGAGCUGCUGUCCGCUGCAAACCGUCCCGCCAGCUACGGGCAUGUUUCCAGGCACGGCCGCACAGCUCGACUCUCUCCUCACGGCUCCCUCGACUGACUCCCUCUGCCGCACUAUCGAAACCUGUUGGCCACAGGCUCAUCCAUGCCCAGCAAUUUCAGCCCUUCGUUCCGCCCCCGCCGGCGUCUCUGGGGAAACCCACCGCCGCGAAAACCUACCGACGAACACGGAAAUGGCUUCGCCGCUUCUUCUACCUCAGUCUCUCGCUAGGCACGGUAUACGCUAUUGACCGUUACUUCUACGCCUCAUGCCUCUUCCGCACUACUCGCACGUUUGCUCUUGGGCUCUACGUUGCCGCAGACUAUAAAAUCAACUUUCGCCCCGACCCUCCAUUUGCGAAAUCCGUGGCCGCAGUGCACGCCCGUAAUGCCCAGCGAUUAUCGGAUCUUCUUCGCACAAAUGGCGGGUUAUAUUUGAAGAUCGGCCAGGCGAUUGCCAUGCAGUCUGCCAUCCUACCUCCAGAGUUCCAGAAAAUGUUCUCGCGUAUGUUUGAUGAUGCGCCCCAGAAUGCCUGGAAGGACGUGGAGCGGGUGAUUGAAGAAGAUUUUGGAAAGUCUGUUGAAGAGGUCUUUGGCGUCUCGUUCAAUGGCGACCCUACUUGUGGAGUCAUGGAGAGAACAGCCAGGGCGAGUGCGAGCGUUGCUCAGGUACAUUGGGCGAGAUUGACUGAUGGAAGGGAGGUAGCAAUCAAAAUUCAGAAAAAGGAGAUUGCUAGUCAAGUAAAGUGGGAUCUAUGGGCUUUUAAGGUUGUGGCAUGGGUCUAUAGCCGGGCUUUUGAUAUUCCAUUCUACGGCUUGGUGCCUUUUGUCAGCGAACGUCUUUUCCUUGAAACUGAUUUUGAAAACGAGGCUGAUAAUGCUGAGCGAAUGGCGAAGCUAGUCGCUGGCGAGCCGCGUCUCAGAAAUCGGGUGUACAUUCCAAAGGUUUAUCGUGAGUUGAGUUCAAAACGCGUGAUGACUGCUGAGUGGAUUGAAGGUGUUCGACUAUGGGACAAAGAUUCUAUAACCCGGCCAUGGCGAGGCGGUUGGUGGCAAGGCAGUCCAGGAUGCCAUGGGACCCCUCUUGACCCUUCUGGAGCGCAAUCAAAUGCGCGGCAACCACAGCUGCGAUCAUCCGGUGUUUCCGAAAAGCUUAAGCCGGAGCGUGAGUACUGGAAAGGCCGAUAUGGCCGUGGUGGAUUAGGCCUCUCGCUAAGCGAGGUAAUGACUACAAUGGUCGACCUUUUUUCCGCGCAGAUGUUUCUCUGGGGAUGGCUCCAUUGCGAUCCGCAUCCUGGAAACUGGUUUGUACGCCGGAAACCCAAUGGCAGUGCUGAACUUGUCCUCAUCGACCACGGCCUGUAUGUUCACAUGAAACCAGACUUUCGGCAUCAGUACUCAGAGCUGUGGAAAGCCUUGUUGACAUUCGACAACAAGAGCAUCAGCCGAAUUGUGAAAAGCUGGGGUGUCAAUAAUGCUGAUCUGUUUGCAUCAGCCACCUUGCUACGCCCUUACGAAGGAGGCCAAAGAACGACAUCGAAAGCACUGGAGGGCUAG